AAAACAGAAUAUGAAUGGUUGAUUGCCUGUUACCAAGCCCGCCCAGAUCUACUCGCAUCCUUCCACUUGCACGUUAGCAUUUACAGAAUGCUGUUUGCUGGUCUUAGCCGCAGCUAAUCUUCCUCGCUCCUAGUCCACUCCGUUCAUCUCCAGCUUCUCAAGCCUGAGUUGCCGCUAUCUCCCCUUCAACAACAGAAACCUUUAUUGACUACUCCUUACUCUCCUGCCUCCUCUUCUCUCUGUCAUCGCGGGCUAUGCUGAUUUCAGCGGCGGCGCUGAGAGAUAAUGGGGGAUUAGAGUUUCCUCCACCGUCAAACUUUAGGGUUUCCCUGGCUGCCGUACUUUUCUCGCCAUGUCUACUGCAGGACGCUGCCUCGCUCGAGGGCCGCUGACUCCGCGGCUUCUUCCCUCUCUGUUUAGGCUGUCAAGAAAAGAUUGCUGCCUGCCAGCGAAAGCUCGGAGCUUUCAUCUUCUCCACGCCAUAUCGCCCCGUGAAGAAUCGAAGAAGAAAUGGAGGGUGGGUCUUGUCUCCUGCUUCAAAAAUGAUGAGAAGUCCACUUCGAAUGAUGAUGGAUUUGAAUUUGUGGAGAUCAGGUCGGAUCGAGAAUUGGAUAAGCCUAUGUUAGAUCCUUUGGAAAAUGAGGAAAAACAUUGGAUUAUUGUCAUUCAGAAGGCCAUAAAUAAAAUAUUCCCCGUGCUUGGUGAGCCUUGGACCGUUCCAUGGAAAGCUGAAACCAUUGUCCAGGUAAUGCUUCUAUGGACCGCUUCCUUCUGGUUCGUAGGAUCUUGGAUAGUCCCAUUCUUAGGACAUGCAGCUGGUUUCAGCAAGGAGUCUCUAAGCCACAGAGGUCAGGCCCUAUACAGCCUUCUCACCGAUAUAGCAGAAGGCCUCGCCGGCAUCACAAUUCUCCAUGCCUGCCUCGCCAGAUUUCGCCCCCUACCACCCGGUUGGUUCUGCUUCACCUUAAGAGGUUCCUGGCACCUAGACGUUGGCUUAGGCUGUCUCCUCUUCCCAAUUGUUAACUUCCUGUCACAGAUUAACAUCAACCUUGUUCCAGUUCCAACCUCCCCACCUGUAGGCGUCUCGAGCGUUGAACAAUCGAUCAUUGCUCGCGACCCGGUGGCCAUGGCUUUGUAUGCAGUGGUUGUCUCAGUUUGUGCGCCUGUGUGGGAGGAGAUUGUGUUCCGUGGCUUUCUUCUCCCAUCAUUGACCAGAUACAUGCCACUCUGGUGUGCUGUUGUGGCGAGCGCAGUUGCUUUUGCCUUGGCACAUUUUAAUGGCCAGAGAUUGUUGCCAUUGGUGUUCCUUGGGAUGGUAAUGGGUGCUGUUUUUGCCAGAUCUAGGAAUUUACUGGCUUCAAUGGUUUUGCAUAGUCUGUGGAAUGGUUUUGUUUUUUUGGAUCUUAUGAAAUGAUAGCGUUGUGCUUGAAAUCAGUGUCAAACUUGUGCGUUUUAGGAUAAGCUGCAUGCGGCCUGCGUUUAGUGUAAAAAACACAAACGCGAUAGACAUCGUUUUCAAAAACACUCAAACCAAGUGGUUAUAUGGCAUUUUCAAAAACACCGCCGCACUUAUAAGCUGCCCCAAACAGACCCUAAAUCAUAUUUAUGCAAAUUUUGCUUUGUUUAUA